AUAGGGCUAAUUGUAGGACAGUUUUAAGCACUUCAUGAGAAGUCAUUCAGUGAUUUUGUUUUAGGUGCUUUGAUUUGUUUCAGAGUUUAUAGGACAUGUAGAGGGAGGGUAAUAGGGCCAAUUGUAGCACAGUUGUAACAUAGUGAAAAUCAGAUAGUUUACAACCCUUUUCAUUGUCCACUUUUUUUUUGUAAAUUGUUGUUUGCUUAGUUUAGUAAGAAUUUAGUCAAACGAAUUUUUUUGGAUGAUAUAGAGUUCUUUCAGAAUCAUUUUUCUAUUUUUUUAAUGAUGAAUCUCACUGUUUGUCCUUUAAAUAUGCAGCAGAAAAUAGAUGGCUGGGACAAGUCAUAAGUCAAAACAGGAUGGACUUGUUGGAUCAAGUCAUGAUGACCUUGCAUCUCAUGGGAAUGAAGAGCAUCAAACACAGCCACGAAGCAGUGCACCAAUAACUGGGUACAAGCGUCAGAGAACUAAAGCAGUUAUUGCACGGGGGAAGCGUCCUGAUGAUAUUAUUAGUAAUGAGAAUAGUAACGAGAGCCAAGCUGCAGAUGUUGGGAAUAAAAAUGUCGAAGGUGCAGACGUCGACCAACCUCCAAAACCAAAACGCCAGAAGAAGGGAGGAACUGAGGGUCGUAGGAACAGGGCAUCCCCUGCAAGGCUCUGCAAGUUGAACAAGGACUUGGUUCCUGACCAAAAAGGGUCAUCAUUGGAAAAGAAUUUGGUGGCAUUCUGGAUCUUGCAACGAGUAGCAUGCCCGGAGAUCUUAGCCAGUGGAUAAUGAAGCAUUACGACCCUGAGAUUUCGCAGAUAGUCAUUCCAGAAAGGGGGAAGAUUCCUGUAGAUGCCGCAAGUGUCCGUAGGAUAUGCGGUUUGCCAAACAGGGGCAAGAAGGUGUGCUUCGAGAAUCGGCCUGAAAUCACAAAGGCAAUGUACAGUAUUUACAACAUCACAUCCAAGAACUCCCCAACCCUCACAGAAUGGUGCAAGAUGAUCAUAGACAUGGGAGGAUCUCAUGAUGAUGACUUUGUCCGCGCUUGGCUAGCUCUUGUUUUUUCGUGCUUCCUUGCCCCUUCAACUAGUUUGAGUAUUUCCCCAAAGAGCUUCCCGGCGGUCAUGGAUGUCAAUGGAAUAACGGAAACCAAUAUAUGCCAGUUUGUUGUUGAUCAACUAAAGCUUGCGUUCACUUCGGGGCGUGCCAACAAGAAGGAUGUUUGUUGUUGUGUUUUCCACCUUGUUCUGUUGUACCUAGACUCUCUGGAUGUUGAUGAGCCAAUCCCGAACUUGGUACCAAGGGUUUCAGUUUGGAAUUCAGAUUUAAUUUCCAAAGUUAUCAAGAAGGACAGGAAGGCUCCAAGAGAAUACGGCAAAUUGCGGCUCAAGAUGGAGUUUUUCCGGUGUGCGGAUGAUAGCUUGUUUGGCAGUAUGGACCACAUCACCAAAUUUGUUGCCACAAGAUUGCCCGAGUUGUAUGACAAAACACAAAAGAAGCUCACAGGGUUGGUGCACGAAAUGUGUUCCGUAAUUUCACAUGCAGUGGGGAAGCUCGUGACUGGGGUUGGGAAGAUAGAUGAUGAUGAAUGGGGGACAAAGGAGGCAGAUCCUACUACUGUGGAGACAAGCAGGCGGCAGUCUAAUAGAAGGGGCAAGCGAGUACCAACCGGAAGAGACAGCUUAGCAAGUGAGGAGGAAUCGUUUAAUUCCGACAGCGACGACAGCGAGGCAGCCGAUAGUGAAAGCGAGGGAGAUGGCAGGGAUAAAGGUAGUGAUGAAAGCGAUAGCGAUGGCAGUGCAGACAACGAUGAUGGUAAUGAUGGAUCAAGUGGAGUUCAGGGGAUAUCAAGUAGCCAGGGAGCACGACAAAUGGUGGAUCACCACGAGGGGGCAAGUGCUGACAUGGGGAGGGAAGACGGAACUGAGAGGAAUGAGGACAAUGAAGAUGAUGAUGAAGAAGAGGAUGACGAAAAAAAGAAGAGGAUGAAGGAAAGGAGGACGAUGACGAUGAAGAAGGCGAUGGGAAUGAUAAAGACAAGGAAGAUGAUGGGCAGGGGAAGCAGGAUGAAGAUGAUGAAGAUGACAGUGGAGGUGGCAACGGUGGUUCAGGCAGCAAUGGUGGCUCCGGUCGGGAUGAGGAUCCCGUAG